ACGGACAGGCCCGCCGACAGUCUCCGCGAGACUCAUCGUGCGGACGCUACCCUGCGGCCAAGAAGCUGACUUCCCAUCGGCCCUCCCACUCAGCCCAGACACGGCGCUGAUCAUUCAAAGCGAGCUUCCAAUGUGACAGAGGCCGCAAUCUGGCCCUGUAAUAAUCGGUGCCGCGGGCGUGGGGCUUAGCUGUAUUUAAUCACUUGCGCUGCCAAACUGCGCUUUCUCUCUCCCAGCUUUCCCCUGAUUUCUGGCAGGGGAUCUCGUCGCCAUGAUGCAGCGCUUCAACUACAGGACAAUAACGGUUGCAGCAGCCACCCUUUACACGUUCUUCUGGCUUUCUUGGCAGAGGGGUGAGGAUGGAUCGUGGAUGGGUUCGUCGUCGAAGCCGCCCGUCGUCGAAGUCGAUUCGUUGAACGACAUCAAUAAUGCUACCCUGGGUUUCGAAAAAAUCUUCGCUAUAGGCUUCCCCGAACGGACCGAUAAGCACGAUGCCAUCACCCUCGGCGCGGCAUAUACCGGUCUGCAGGUGGACUGGAUCGAGGCCGUCAGAAGCUCCGAAAUGUCCCCAAAAGCCAUCCCGGCGGCAUGGACCGAGGAGAAACAUCAGGCCAAACCCACCGAGCUUGGCAGCUGGCGUGCGCAUAUGAACGCUCUCCGAUAUAUUGUCGAGAACCACAUCAGCAGCGCCAUCAUCAUGGAGGACGACUCGGACUGGGAUGUAAAUCUCAAAGCCCAGAUGAUACAAUUCGCCCGCGGCACUCGUAUCCUCCAGGGAGGCCAAGAGCAUCCCUUCUCCCCCUACGGCGACGACUGGGAUAUGUUAUGGUUAGGACACUGUGGCAUGAAGUCGAUCCGAGAAGAGCGAGGCCAACAGCCCAUCUUCUACGUCAUUCCGAACGACCCGACCGUGCGACCACCGCAGUAUAAAGCCGACUUCGUGAACCCCAAGCUAUCCGAGAAACCAGACUUCCAGGCUCAUCGGCUAGUCUUCACCGGUGAAGGGCCCAUCUGCUCAUGGUCCUUGGCGUUUACCUGGGACGGCGCCCGCAAGGCCCUGACAGCGUUGUCCAUGGUCGGAGUCGACGAGCCCGUCGACCUUGGCUAUAACUUCCUGUGCAGCGGCAUCUUGAAUGUCCCCAUCAACUGCUACAGCACGUACCCUAGUCUCAUGGGAACGUGGACGCAAAAGGGUCCGGCGUCUCGCGACUCGGACAUCAUUGAUUACAACUCGGAUUGGCAUGAGGCCAGUUCGCAGAGUAUGGUCUACAGCACCAUGCUCAACAUGCUUCAGCUGGCCAAUAACUCGACUCGCAUGCGCGCCCAGUGGCCGGAUGUCGCUCAUCCGCAGAUUGAUCUUAAAUCGUUUCAGAUACCCAGUGGUUUCAUCUAUUUCCCCACUCAUGCUUCGUGAGCCUGUCGUCUAUGUUUGCUUUUCUUUCCGUUUUGUAUUAAUAUAUCAUACAUGU